AUUUCUUCUUCUUCUAGUAAACUCUUGGCUCAACUAGGUGGUGCCAAACAUUAGGGUGAUUGCAUCUCAAUUCCAACAAGCAGGUGCAGGAGAGCCAUCAUCAACAGAAAUGGCAACAUCAAUGAAUUUACGUAAGGAAGAGAUAUAUAUAGAUAGCCACCCAGGACACGGGCUCCUUAAAUUGAAGCCUGCUGAAAAAUCAUGUUAUUGUGGGGGGUGUAAAGAAAUGGUGUUUUUUUCACAAGAAUGUUACCAGUGUGAGCACGAGGAUGGGCACCAGAAAUGCGACUUCCACCUUCAUGUGGAAUGUGUCCCUAUCGCUUCCUUGUGGCUAACAUUUAUCAGUUGCGACUUUACCUUUCAGCAGGACCCAAGAGGAAGACAUAUGGUUUGUGAUGCAUGCGGGAAUGAUGUGAAAGGUUGGUUUUUCCAGUCUUCGACACCAGGGGAAUCACGUCAUUUACACCCAUGUUGUGCCAAGCUUGACUUUAAGAGAACGGUCCGUAAUGGUAGCAUUGAACUUGAUCUUAAAGAAGAGACUUCAUCAGUGUGCCUAAUAUGUAGAAACGAGGGUCAUUCAGAAAAUUUCAGGAGCUGGGUCUAUGUUUCCCGUUGUCGCAAGUACUGUUAUCAUGUGUCAUGCAUGAAGGACAACGUCGAGAAAGGGGCGGAAGACGAGGCUAGUAAUCAGCAACCAAGUUAUGAGACUGGAACAACCAGCGGGGCCUUGGUGACAAGGGCUCAGAACCAAUCUGUACGACCACGCCGUGGAGAGACGGGCCUCGAUUUGUUGGAGUUCGCAGUCGACCUUGUCAUUUUCCUGAUUUCUGUCAUCUUUGGGAUACCUUUCCCAUCGGUGUCUAAAUGGAUAAGAAAGAUAUGGUAGAUCAUUACAUCAGGAAAAUAUAAAAAUGAAUAAAUGAGGUGAUUGAUCUAAAAUUAUUCAUGCAUGGCUAGUUGAUGCAUAUGUGGCUUUCUAUAAAAAUGAUUCCCAUCUGUUCUGGUUGCUCCCCCCGCCGUUUCACAUGGCUACUCAAUAUAUCUUUUUAAGUGUGUGGUGUGGUGUUCUCUAGGGUAUAUAUGAGAGAUGAGGUUAGAUCUCAUUUUAUCACGGUUGUACUCGACAGGAGCAUAGAUGAAAAAGGUUUGUUUUCCUCUCUUCUUGUGGUGUGGUGUGGUGUUCUCUAGGGUAUAUAUGAGAGAUGAGAUUAGAUCUCGUUUUAUCAUGGAUGUACUCGACAGGAACAUAUAUAAAUAAAGUUUGUUUUCUUUUCUUUUCCUUUUA